UGCAAAUAAAAAGAAACAGAAACGCCGCGCAAAUAAAAACGCCGCGAUGCAAAUAAAAAAGCCACAACGGAAGUGAAUUACCGGGGACUAUUAUUGCUGAUGCACAUGCGGGUUUUUUAUGUGAGAGAAGAAGAAGUCUGGGGGAUCUCCAGGAAACAUCUCUUGGUCACAGAAUCGAAUGAAGGAAUCGAGGCAGGCCUCAUCCACAAGUACUUCACAGAGGGACACGCUUAUGAAGUGAUACUUGAUUUUCUAGAAAAAAGACACAACAUUGUUCUUAGUCUGAGGACCUUAAAGAGGAGGCUGCAGAACGCUGGCUUAACAAGAAGGAUAGACUACACUCCCAUUGGCACUGUACACCAAACUGUUGCACAUGAACUGAGAGGCUCGGGUCGGCUGUUGGGUUACAGAGCUAUGUGGCAGACAUUGCAACAAAAGUAUCACCUGACAGUAAAAAGGGAGGAUGUUAGACAGACGAUUUCCAGACUGGAUCCAUCUGGUGUUCAACUUCGUUCCAGGCGAAGGUUUGUCCGAAGGGGAUACGUCACAGCAGGACCAAACCAAGUGUGGCACGCUGAUGGAUAUGAUAAACUUAAACCCUUUGGUAUUGCCAUCAGUGGCUGCAUCGACGGCUUUUCAAGAAAAGCUAUGUGGCUCAGGAGUGGCAGCACUAACAACGAUCCGGGCAUCAUUGCGCAGUAUUACCUGCAGUGUGUAUCGGAGUUUGGACUACUUCCAGCCCGCCUUCGCACUGACUGUGGAACUGAAAACGGCACUAUGGCAGCCAUUAACUGCACAUUACGAUCUCAACACACAGAUGAUUUUGCAGGAGCCCUCAGUCACAUGUAUGGUACCUCAACUGCAAACCAGCGCAUCGAGAGUUGGUGGUCUUUCUUCAGAAAGCAAAGGACUCAGUUCUGGAUCGAGCUCUUCAGUGACCUUAGAGAGAGGCACCUCUUCAAUGGAAGCCAUGAGCACAAGUGUCUGCUGCGAUAUGUGUUUUUGGGCAUCUUACAAAAAGACCUCGAUGAGUACAGACAGCUGUGGAACAACCACACACCAUCCGACCUGUUCGCCUGUCUGUGUCCAUCAGGUAAACCUGAUGCCAUGUACCACCUGCCUCACAGUCUGAAAACUCAUUAUUUCAAAAAUGAUUUCAAGUCUUAA